CGACACAUAAAUAGCCAAACACAUCCUUAACAGUUUCACGAACCUUCUACACUACAUUUUUUCCUUUCAAACUCCCACUACGACCAAACCCAGUUAAUUCAAAACCAACAGCAUAAUUUUCCAUAAGAACUUUCGCAUAUUCUGUGCCAAAAAAUAUUCUAAAGUAAUUUCCAAAACUGAUAAAGCAUCUCAAUCACACCAAAUUCCAAAACACUUCAAAAACUUCACAUUUCGCAAUCACAUUAUUCAUCGAUCUUGCUCUCUCACCAGAGAGCUCGAUCUCCACACCACAAAACCAAAUGCCAGACACCGAACAGCCGCCGUCAACGGCGGAAACCACCACGAAGCUCUUCGGGAAAUACGAACUCGGCAAGCUCCUAGGCUGCGGCGCGUUCGCCAAAGUUUACCACGCGCGGAACGUCGAAAACGGACAAAGCGUGGCCGUGAAAGUAAUCAACAAGAAGAAAAUCAACGCCAUAGGACUCGCCGGGAACGUGAAACGCGAAAUCUCAAUCAUGAGUCGUCUCUGUCACCCUAACAUCGUUAGGCUUCACGAAGUUCUCGCUACCAAAACGAAAAUCUACUUCAUCAUGGAGUUCGCUAAAGGCGGCGAACUCUUCGCGAAAAUCUCCAGUAGAGGCCGUUUCAGCGAAGAUCUAUCGCGGCGGCUUUUUCAACAACUCAUCUCCGCCGUCGGUUACUGCCAUAACCGUAACAUCUUCCACCGUGACUUGAAACCUGAAAAUCUCUUGCUCGAUGAUAAGGGGAAUUUGAAGGUUACGGAUUUUGGAUUAAGUGCGGUGAAAGAGCAGAUUCGUGUGGACGGGAUGUUACACACGCUUUGUGGAACACCUGCUUACGUGGCACCGGAGAUUUUGGCGAAGAGAGGUUACGACGGAGCUAAGGUGGAUAUUUGGUCUUGUGGUGUUAUUCUGUUUGUUCUCGCUGCUGCUUAUCUUCCGUUCAACGAUCCGAAUUUGAUGGCGAUGUAUAGGAAGAUUUACACCGGGGAAUUUAAGUGUCCGCGGUGGUUUUCACCGGAUCUACGGCGGUUUUUGUCGCGGUUGAUGGAUACGAAUCCGGAGACGAGGAUAACUAUUGAUGAGAUUACUAGAGAUCCUUGGUUUAGGAAAGGGUAUAAGGAGGUCAAGAUUUAUGAAGAGGGUUAUGACUUUGGGGAGAAGGUUGGUGUUAGUGUUAGGGGUGAGGAAGAGGAUAAUAAACCGGUGGAUUUGAAUGCAUUUGAUAUAAUAUCGUUUUUCUCGUCUGGAUUGAAUCUAUCUAGGUUGAUUGGAGAUGGGAUCGGUGAAGGGGAGAGGUUUAUGUUGAAGGAGUUACCAGGGAGGGUUGUGGAGAGGGCGGAGGCGGCGGCGAAGGCGGAGGGGUUAGUGGUGAGGAAGAAGAAGGAAUGUGGGGUGGAGAUUGAGGGGCAAAAUGGGGAUUUGGUGAUUGGGGUUGAGGUUUACCGGUUAACGGCUGAGCUGGUUGUGGUUGAGGUGAAGAGGUUUGGUGGGGACGCGGUUGCUUUUGAGAAUGUGUGGAGGGAAAAGUUGAGGCCCCAUUUGUGUGAUGAUGCAACGACGUCGCAUCAGGAGCCAAGUACCUCUCACGCGGUUUCUGCUGACUCAGCUAUUUGAGUUGUGGGGUCCUCUCCAACUAUUUUGAUAAAAAAAAUUUAAAAUAAAAAAAAUUGAUUUAAAGAUUUUGCUGUGGCCAAAAUGUAAUUUACAUGCUUACUUAUGUUACUCUAGUGUGACCAAGUUUAUAUAUAUAUACUUUAACUUCACAUGUUAAGUGUAUUUAGUGUAAUUAUGAUUGUGAUGCUUUGUGUUACUGAACAGUGUUCUUUGAUUUGUUUGUGAGAA